AUGAAUUCGACUGUUUUCAUUGAUUCUUAUGAACCUGUACUUGAACAACUCCACAAAAUGAGCCUUGAAGAAGAAAUGAACCAGGAGCAUGCUGUUUAUUUAGUUAAAAUCCUUAAUAGGUGCUUAAAACGAAAUCCAGAAGCAGAUUUUCCACAUAAUAUAUUCAAACAAGACGAUUUGGUGCUACUUCUCGACUUCUGUCUUAACGAAAAAUACAUUGAUACCGAUUUUCACAAAGCUCUUUAUCGAACAAUAUAUAAUGUUAUUAUGGAAAACCCAAGAUACAAUAGAAGUUCAUUUAUUCCUUUACUUAUCGAUAGAUUUGAUCAUUUUUGCAAGUUAUUCGAUUCAAUACCUCCAAAUUCGUCAAAUAUGAUCACAAAAAUAGGUAUUUUUAAUUUAAUGUCUAGUUUAAUGCAUGAAAAUUCAGAGUCAUUUGCACAUGUUUACGAAAAAUUCAAUCUUGACAUGGCUUAUGAACUUUUUCAAAAUUUUCCAUGUUUUUGCAGCUAUCUUUAUAAUUUAGUCAAGAAUCCAUCCAUAGAAUAUGAUGCUAUGCCACAAAUCGUCAGUUCUAUUAUAAAUCACGCUAUUUCUAUAAUUCCAAAAAUUUCAAUCUCAUCAAAAGAAGAUACAAUGAAAAGAGACAGAACAAUAUCUAAAGACUUACGAAAAAUGAAUGAUUGUUUACUAGCAUUGAAUUCUUGUACAAGAUUUCCCGAAAUUUUCUUCGAAGUUUUUCAAGGAAUUGAUAUUUACGAUAAAUACAUAAACAACAUCAUGCAAUAUAAAGAUGCCUUUUCCAAUGUCAUAAAACUGUCAAAAUCCAUUCUUCAAAUUAAAUCAGAUUUUGAUUAUGAAAUAUCAAUAUAUGGAAUAGUUUUUAUGAUAUCAUAUAUUCUAGAACAACUAUAUAAUCUAUACAAAUGGGUAAAUAUUGCCGAAGAUGGAAUUUAUUUAUUAACUCUUCUAUCUGAGCGAAAAAUUUACAACAAACAGAUAGAUUCUAUAUGUAAUCAAAUGAUACUUAAUAAAUUAUUACAAGAUUCAAUUGAAAUCGGGUGUCAGCAGCAAUAUCUACAAUUAUUAUGUAAUCUCGCUAAAGAUGAUAUAAAUUAUACUAUGGUUACUGAUGAAUCAUCAUUAAAGAUCGCUAUUAACUUCCUUGGAGACGACAAUCCUGUUUUUGCCCUUGAAUUCAUUCUAAUGAGAGUUCAGAAGUCAGUUUCUCAAAAUAAUUUUGAAGAUUCAUUGGAUGUAUUAGAUGUAUCUGAAAAAGAAUCAAUUAUUGAACUUGUUGAAUCAGAAGAUGAAAAAAUUUCAAUUUUAGCUCAGAAUUUAUCUGAUUUGAUUGCCUCAUAUGCGUAA